CCACGUGGCGUCUAAUCCGAAAGCUCUAGGCGAUAAAAGCAGAGACGCCAUUUCUGCCUCGUCCCCUCUUCGCCUCUCCUCCGCCGGCGCCGCCCCUGCCCAAACCCUAGAGUGUUGUUGAGUUAUCGGCCGCAAACAUGAGUAAGUUACAAACCGAGGCUCUCAAGGAAGCCAUCUCCCAGGUUGUUGCUGAUUGCAAGGAAAAGAACAGGAAGUUCACCGAGACCGUUGAGCUUCAAAUUGGUCUCAAGAACUAUGACCCACAAAAGGACAAGCGUUUCAGCGGCUCCGUUAAGCUGCCCCAUAUCCCCCGCCCCAAGAUGAAGGUCUGCAUGCUUGGUGAUGCCCAGCAUGUCGAGGAGGCUGAGAAGAUUGGGCUCGACUACAUGGAUGUUGAGGCCCUUAAGAAGAUGAACAAGAACAAGAAGCUUGUGAAGAAGCUUGCCAAGAAGUACCAUGCUUUCUUAGCAUCAGAGGCCAUCAUCAAGCAGAUCCCCCGUCUCCUUGGUCCUGGUCUAAACAAGGCAGGCAAGUUCCCUACAUUGGUUACUCACCAGGAGUCUCUUGAAUCCAAGGUCAAUGAGACGAAAGCUACAGUCAAGUUCCAGCUGAAGAAGGUUCUGUGCAUGGGUGUUGCUGUGGGUAACUUGUCGAUGGAGGAGAAGCAGAUCCAGCAAAACAUCCAAAUGAGCGUCAACUUCCUCGUGUCCCUUUUGAAGAAGAACUGGCAGAAUGUGAGGUGCCUGUACAUCAAAAGCACAAUGGGGAAACCGUACAGGGUGUUCUAAGCUGGUUUGCUCCACAUUGAAGCUGAUAAGAUGCUGGGCGGUUGAACUGAGCUUGUCCUUACAUUAGAUCUGCUUGCACUGAUAUCAGUUUUGUGCUUACCCAAGAGAACAUCGAGAUAUGUUAUCAUAUUUUGUAGUAGUUUAUUCAGUGCACUUCGGAUUUAUGCAAAUGAGGCUUGUGUUAUUUAUGAAUAGUUUCGUUCAUGGGGAGAAUUGGUGUGCCAA